UAUCAACAACGUUUGACAGGCCAAAAUCGAGAGGGGAUCGAGGCUGUUAAGGAUGAAGGAGAAGAUGAUACCUUAUUCUGAUACAUAACAAGAUUCGACAUGGACCCAUCUACCAUUCUGAAGAAGGGCCUCCCCAUGCUGCAGCGACAGCUACAGCCGGAGGAAGUACUUGACCACCUGCUUUCUGUGGAUCUUCUCAGUCAGGUGGAGUAUGACCGAUGCAGGGACAUGAAGGUCAAGUGUGACCAGACCAGGGAGUUGGUCAUGCUGCUAAUGUGCAAGGGGGAGCAGGCAUACAAGGAAUUCUGUAUUGUUCUGAACAAGGAUCAGCGCCAUGUCAAGCAGGCAUUGGAUGACAUAGCACUUGGGACAGGACGUCCUGAUCUGGUAUACAUUCCUCAGACGGAAGUGUCAAGACAACUUCUAGCUAAAGAGGAAGUGGUUCGUCAUUUACAACAGCAGCUGGAGCUCCAGAAGCAAGAAUAUGAAACAAAUGUCUUCCACAAGAGCGAACAGAUUGCAAGAGAACUCGAUGAGGCAAGGCGAGGGAAGAUAAACGCCGAAAAGGAAUUGGAGGGUCAGAUAACAAGGUGCCACCGUCUCGAGGAACAUAUAGCCACACUGGAGAAAGAGAUUAAAGACUUACAGUCAAAGUCGCUAGCUCUUCCUAGAAUUGAGUUUGGGAUGGAAGAAGAGAAACAAACAAGUGUCAUCGGUAAUAUUGAUGCAAUGAAAUGUGCCUUAGGGACCUCCGAGGCAUGCGACCCUAAACAAGGCCUUGUCCUGACUUGUCUUCACACUGUGUGUGCGCCCUGUCUUCAGCAGCAUAGAGAGAACACCUUUAUCUGUUUCUGCGGGCGUGAGGCCGCUUGCAAUGCGGUUAAGCAGGUUGAUCAUGUUCGACGAAAUGAACUAACCCGUGAUACAAAUAUCCGCUGUGGAUUCUUUGAGGAACCAUGCGAAGGUGUAGUGGUCUCGUUAUGCAGGGAUUGCCAAAAAUACCUGUGCCAAAGUUGUACACAGCUUCACAAGAAGAUCAAGACAAGUACAUUUCAUGACGUAGAGAGUAUUAAGGGAUUUCCUGAAAAUCCAAAUUUUGAACAGUUCAAGAGACCAAUAUGUGAUAUCCAUUCUAAUCAAAGUGUGAUGUUCAUAGACCAUGAAUGCCAAAAGGCCGUAUGUAGCGUUUGCCAUUCAAAUUUGCCUGCUGAUCAUGACAUAAGCCUCAUUGACGACGAGUACCAAAAACAAAUGACACUUCUGAAGCAGGUGAUCGCAGAUCAUACAGGAAAUCUACAGAGCUAUCAGGCCUCUCUCCAGCAAAGACAUGGAGUUUUGGACUCCCUCAAUAAGCGAAGGACUGGUUUGCUUCAAAAUCUGUCCAACUCUUACGAAAGCAGCGUCUUAGCCCUAAAGGAUCGGUUCAAAGAUCUUAGACAAAACACACUACUUGAAAUAAAAAGACUGCAAGAUGCCAUCAAACAGGAUAUUAAGUCUUUACAAGAAACACAAGCUGCGUUCAGGAUGACAACUGACUACGCCCAACGAUGCUUGAACGUUGACCAGGUGCAAUUGAUUGCCCUCGCACCAAUGAUAGCCCAAAACGCAGUGGAAGAUAGGAAGCGAUUACUACCAAAAUGUACAUUACUGAAUAAGGACAUUGUGUUCUCUCCUCAAGGACUGAGGGCAUUACAUUGCCUGAUACACAGAGUCGGCGACAUUAUCUGUAAGGAGAGAGAUACAGUUUACAGGGAUGAAGUGCCAACACUUAAAGAUCUACAACAACAGAAUGGUGUCUUGCAACGGACAAUUGCAUCACUUACUGACGAGUACAAAAUAAAAGAAGCCAAAAGCAAGCAAGAAAACGAUCUAAGACGUGAAGCACUCUCGUUGCUGAAUGAACAACUGAAACAGUAUGGAUUCUACAUCCAAGAGCCGACGCAGUUAACAAAGACCAGCAUCCUUCACUGCAUUCAACUUGCGUUCAACAAUGACAAGGUGAACGUCCACAAGGCUUACAUAACCGCCAACAAUGAACUGGUGAACAAGAAACAGUUUAUCCGUUUUCAAGGUCAAGGAAGGCUUCAGCGAUAUAUGGGCACCUGCGGUACACCUUAUUUCCCACGUCCUGGCUUUCCUUGCUACCUGGAGAUGGUGGCCAGGGUUGGUUUGAACAGGACCCUUACAAACAAUGAUCUCAUUUUUGAGAUAGGUAUGUGCUGGGAAGAUUAUGCGGACACGGAACACACCAUUUCGAAGUUGCCACAUUCUUACAGCAUGGCAGUGUCUCAUUGCUCAAUCCACAAUCGCAUCUGUCAAAUGUUUUGGAAGGAGGAGAGGCAUCUGCCGUGUCUACCUACUGAGACUCUCCCCAACACAACAGGGGCUCUUGACUCCCUACAUAUUGGUGUUGCUUACGAUGAUAGCAGGAAAAAGGUUGUGUUCAUUGACGUGAAGAACAGCCAGGUCAUGAAGGUACUGGAAAACGUGGACUUCAGUCAGCCACUGUUGCCGAUGUUUGGCGUGUACAACCCUGAAAGAGUAUCAGUUAGUAUGCGUAUUGUGACAGUUGGGAAGAUGGAGAUGUCAAAGGAGAAGAUUAAACUUAUCCUCAGAUCCCUGUCAUGAACAGACUCACGUGAGACAUUGCAUUGCUGGUUAUGUGAUGUCAAGUCAAGCCUCAUGCUUAAUAUGUUCAGUCAGUAUGACCUAACUGUUAACAACAUGGUCACAUUGUAUAUCAUUUUACCUCAGUAUACCACUUGAAGAUGGGUAUAAUACAAUCUGGUGCAAUGCACCACAUACUCAGCUAUGCUUCCCUACCAUCUCCCAUGGUAUUCAAUGUACAUGUAUGCAAUAUACAUGUAAUCAGAUGCAUAGUACGAUAUCAAUAAUUAUACACAUUCUCCAAUACCACAUAAAAAGUCUUCAAUACAAUUUUAUGGAUGCUCCAAUAUAAUCUCACCCGUGUUUCAGCAUCAUCUCACACAUUGUUAAAUAUCACCCCAUAUAUUCGUAAAUACUAUCCCACACAUUCUUACAUAUCAUGGUUAAGCUUGCUGACUCGUUGAUGCAUGUCAUCAAUGCUCAUGAUAUUAAUCACUGGAUUGUGUGAUCCAGACUCGAUUAUUUACAGACUGCCGUCAUAUAGCUGGAAUAUUGCUGAGUGCGGCGUUAAACAUAAACAACAAACCAACCAACCAAGUUAAACAUCAUCUCCCACACACUUCAAUCUCACCCUCAACAUUCUUAAAUAUCAUUGAACAAAUCUGCUUCAAUUUCAUCUCACACAUUCUUAAAUAUAAUCCCACAUAUAUUUCAGUUCAAUCCCACAUAUUCUUAAAUAUUUUUUCCACACAUUCUUAAAUAUCAUUUCACACAUUCUUAAAUAAUAUUCCACACAUCCUUAAACAUCAUUCCAGGGGCGGUCGGGUAGCCUAGUGGUUAAAGCGUUCGCUCGUCAAGCCGAAGUCCCGGCUUCGAUUGCAGACAUGGGUACAAUGUAUGAAGCCCAUUUCUGGUGUCCCCUGUCAUGAUAGUGCUGGAAUAUUGCUAAAAGCGGCGUAAAACCACACUCACUGACUCACUUACUCACUUAAAUAUCAUUUCACAAUUCUUUAAUACCAUUCCACAUAUUUUUUAAAUAUCAUUCCACACACUCUGACAUAUCAUUCCACACAUUCUUAUAUAUCAUUCCACACAUUCUGACAUAUCAUUCCACACAUUCUUAUAUAUCAUUCCACACAUUCUGACAUAUCAUUCCACACAUUCUGACAUAUCAUUCCACACAUUCUUAUAUAUCAUUCCACACAUUCUGACAUAUCAUUCCACACAUUCUGACCUAUCAUUCCACACAUUCUUAUAUAUCAUUCCUCACAUUCUAAAAUAUCAUUCCACACAUUCUGACCUAUCAUUCCACACAUUCUUAUAUAUCAUUCCAUACAUUCUGACAUAUCAUUCCACACAUUCUGACAUAUCAUUCCACACAUUCUUAUAUAUCAUUCCACACAUUCUGAAAUAUCAUUCCACACAUUCUGACAUAUCAUUCCACACAUUCUUAUAUAUCAUUCCACACAUUCUGAAAUAUCAUUCCACACAUUCUGACAUAUCAUUCCACACAUUCUUAUAUAUCAUUCCACACAUUCUGACAUAUCAUUCCACAUAUUCUUAAAUAUGAUGCCACACAUUCUGGCAUAUCAUUCCACACAUUCUUAUAUAUCAUUCCACACAUUCUGACAUAUCAUUCCACACAUUCUUAUAUAUCAUUCCACACAUUCUGACAUAUCAUUCCACACUUUCUUAUAUAUCAUUCCACACAUUCUGAAAUGUCAUUCCUCAUAUUCUCAAACAACAUUUCACACGUUCUUAAAUGUUCCACACAUUCUUAUAUAUCAUUCCACACAUUCUGAAAUAUCAUUCCACACAUUCUGACAUAUCAUUCCACACAUUCUUAUAUAUCAUUCCACACAUUCUGAAAUAUUAUUCCACACAUUCUGACAUAUCAUUCCACACAUUCUUAUAUAUCAUUCCACACAUUCCGACAUAUCAUUCCACACAUUCUUAUAUAUCAUUCCACACAUUCUGAAAUAUCAUUCCACAUAUUCUCAAACAACAUUUCACACGUUCUUAAAUGUUCCACACAUCCUUAUUUUGAAGUAUCAUUCCACAUAUUCUUAAAUGAUACAAUGCCAUCUCACAAAUGCUCAAACACAUUCACAAAUGAUUGAAUAUUAUCGCUAAAAUUAUUUAAAGUUUAAGAAUAUAAUGAAUCCGAACAUCACCUAGUGACAAUAUCUCCCACUGGUGAGUCGGUAUCGUCUAACAUAGACAUGCAUAGUUUAUCUUUAACGUAAGGUAAAAUAACAUGACACAAACACAGCGCCACCUACCCCAAGCGUCAACAAUACGAAUGAUACUGUGUACAUACAUAAUCUUGUAAAUAACUCCUAGUCAAAUGGUGCUGUGUUCUUUUAUAUGUUCCUAAUUGGUGGUUAACUUGAUGGACACCUUCAUUUUGUAUAAAUAUUAAAUCCGCAAACUUAAUUAUCACACAUGGUAUCUCUGUCAUGUAAAAAAUCCCUCGGUACGAAAUGAGUCAUGCAUAAUAAUAGCUCAAUACGGGAAAUCCAAACCUGGCUGACCCAGCUGCCUAUUUUUGUCGUGUAUGCGCUGCAUAAGAGCUUAAAUAAAUUGAGAUAACACUAGAUAAAUAAAGCCUUUCAAGACACUAACUAAGUGUUGAUUUAUUUUGUUUCAGGGUAGAGUUGUCAUCUUGUAUUUGAAAGCUUUGCUUAUCAUAGAUCAUUGGGAGAUAAACAUACUGUGUUUUCGAUGUAGAGCCAGGUUACCUGCAGAUUAACCGCGCUAAAUUGAAUUUGGAACCGAACGCGCAUACUACCAUGACUAAAUAAAACGCAAAUAUAUUGACUAAAGGGGUAUGAGUCCAGUGUUUUGUGUGUGUCGAUCUGAAUUACGGCAUCACCGAUAACGGCCAGUAAACUAAAUAUGACGCUGCAUAUGCCCAAACAUUUUGUUUAACAUAUUAAUACUUUACUCGAGCAUGUGAUCAGGCAUUGAAAACAUAUAACCACGGCAACUUGGCAAACUAACAUGAGGUGGGCAUCCCUAAAGAAAACCAUGCAAGCCUUGCAAGGCCGUCGUUCCACACCGCACGUCACCAUUAUGACGUCAUAUCGCUCAUUGUGACGCAAAUGAUAUAGUCGUAUGUAGAAAAGCGCCAAAUUCCAAGCUCUCUGUUGUCUCCAAAACUUAAAAUACAUUCUCUUUGUAGAUUUCUAUCGUGUUGUAUGCACGAAAUGUAUUACCAUACAUCCUUUAUAUAUUGUAUUAACCGCAUUUUGUAACCUGUUAUUGUAGAUAUGAUUAUUUAAAAAUGCCUACAUAGUCUAUGAAUAUUAGCUUCCGCGGUGAUCAAACAAGCUGUUUCAAUCAGAGGGGCUUUAUUGUGAUUUAAUAGCCUCCGAUUUAAACAUCAGAAUCCAGUAAUUUCCAAGUUCAUUGUAAAUAAACACAUGUCAAAUUUGGGAAUCGGAUGUGACGUGAAAAAGAUUGGGUUUUUUAAGUGCAAGAUGUGUAUAUUCUGAUGGGAUAGACAUAAAAAGCAAGUUGACUUUAACCAAUACUUGACGGGGAACGCAAUCUAUUACAUAUCAUCUGGAAGGUAAAUAAAUAUCCGCCAGUUUACUUUCUCCCGUGAUAAAUCUAUUAUUUGCUUUCACUAUUUCAUUGUAAAAUUACUAUUCAUUUCAUCUCUCUGCAUUCUGAAAUGAUUGUAGUUAUUUUAACCAAUCUGAGGAUCAUGCAAUGUGUUAUUAUCGCGGAGUACUGGUUAUGUUGAGUCGCUAAAGGCAGUUAUAUUUUACUGGCGCUUGAAUAGUCUCAUUAAAGGUGCACAACUCCAUCGAUCCUAAUGUUUCCAAUGGCCAGUCUGAUCAUUACAAUUCUUCAUUGUGUGCUGUAUUGUAUUUGUCUUAUUUCUGUGAUGAAAGAGUGAGUGAGCUAUUGUUGUCGACCUGGAUGGGAAGCUACUGUUCUUCGUUAAUUGAAGAUUUGAUAUUUAGUCGUAUAAACAUGCCAAACCUC